AUGCGCGUUGAACCCGCGCCGUCGCCCUCCACGCUCUCGUCGCGCCAGCCGUGCUUCCGCAGCCGUAGCAAGACCGAUCCCACCGCCCGCGACGACUCCAGCGGCCACCACCAGGGACACCACCACGCCGCCGGGCACUCCGCCAGCCGUCGCUCCGUCGACUUUGCGGCCCGACACCGCGCCUCCAACUCGCACUCCUUCACCGCUGCGUCGCCGCUGAGCUCCGAGACCUUCUCCAAUCCCGCCCUGGCCGGCUUCUCGCCGCGCAAGGUCGCCGCCUUCAAGUCCGCCGCCCGCUCCCACGCCCACUCCGCCUCCACUGCCACCCCCAGCAGCAACCACCACAGCUCCUCCUCGAUCCCCAAGCUCCUCCUCCAGACCCCGCGCACCACGCGCGACCUAGACCUCCAAUCGCCCUCGUCCGCCUUCUUCAACUCGCCCAGCGCCGCCUCAUCCACCGUCUCGCCGUCCGAGAGCCUGUACCCGCCCUCGACCGUCGACUCCGCCCCCCGGCCACCUCCACCUCCACCUCCACCACCACCACCACCACCACCGCAGCUCCAGCAACAGCCGUCGUAUCAGAAACGCGCCCCAGCGUCGCGGAGCAGCUUGGGCAUCGAGACCUCCACCGGCCCACCCCCUGCGCUAAGCACGCAGCAGCGGAGCCUGACGCAGGAGCGCCAUGCGCUCUCCAGCCGCGACUACGCACGCAGCCGGCCGCGGUCGUUUGGCCCGGCCAGGAAAUCCGACCUGUCGUAUGUGACCGCGGCGUCUGCGGACCAGAAGCGAUCGUCGUUGCCCACGCGCUCCGUAUAUGCCGCGCCGCGCCUGGCGCUGAAGGACCGGCCGACAAGUACGCUGGUGUCCAGGCGGAGUGAGAGUGUGGCCGACGAUGAGGUGGAGGACGAGGAUGGGGAUGCGGAGGAGGAGGAUGGUGAUGAUGAGGAUGAGGAUUUGACGGCCAGGCUGGAUGGCAGUGCUGAUGUGAGCAGCAAGGGCUCGGAUGAUAGCAGGCAGCCCGGCGAAGAUGUGUUUUUGAAUAUUGCUAGGUCUGCUUCCACCCGACGUGGGUCGGCGGCCAGGAUAGACAGGCAGAGAACGUCGAAUAUUAGCUCCGACUUUUCACGAACACGCACCAACGAUGAGCUGGCCUCUCCCAGCCGGCACGUCUACGAAUCCGAAGAUAUGUCUCCCCUGAGCGGGCCGUACCCCGGCGUCGACAGGUCCCCCGCCCUCGACCGGUCCAAAUACGCACCUCGAUCUACCGUUGGUCUGCCCCGGAGCAGAUUCAGCCGCACGAACAGCGAGAUAUCGCCCGACCCGCACGCGCGGUACAGCAGCGAGCGACGAGGGUCCGCCCAAGACAGCGUGCCGCUGCGAGCGGCUCGCCCGUCUCAUCUGUCCACGACGGGCCGGACGCACCGCGCGCUGUCGAACUCCGACGGACCUGACCGGCCGAAAUAUGACGGGACGGAGUCGACGCUGUCCACCACCGCGCCGUCAACGGUGUGGGACGAGCUGGACGAUCUGAAGUCGCGCAUCCGCAAGCUGGAGCUGACCGGCAAGCUGCCGGCGUCGUCGGCGGCGGCGAUGUCGUCGGUGUCGGUGGAGAGACCGCGCACGGCCACCACGACGGUCACGACCAUCUCGUCGUCGCCCAAACACGGACGCAAAACGAGCGCGUCGCCGAAUGCCGCCGCGGGGUCGUCGGUUGGUGACACGGCGGGAGCGGUUGAUAUGCAGAUCCAGUCUCUGCUCCGCGCGGCGCUGGCCAAGGCCAAAGCCACGCUGAGCCCGGCGGUGUACGGCACGCUCGAGGCCACGGCGAACGACGCGCUGACGCUCGCGUCGGCGUUCAGCCCGCCGCCGCCGCAGCAGCAGCAGCAGCAGCAGAUGGGCAGCGGGAUGUCGAGUGCCGGCGGAGACAGGCAGGCCAAGCGCAAGAUCGAUAGCAUGUGCCGCAGCCUGACGGAGCUGUGCAUUGCGCUGGCGGACGAGCGGCUGGCGCGGAACCGGCCGGGCAGUCGAGACGCGGCGUCGGGGCUGCUGCCGCAGGGCAGCGGUGUUGUUGAUACGGGCCUGGGGGCCAGCACGUCAAGCUACCGGCGCAGCACUAGCCAUGAGCCCGCCGAUGACGCCGGCCGCGCGCUGGCGGGCAGCCGGCUGGACGGGCGGCGGUCGAGCAUGCUGAACCUGUCGACGACCAGCACGUCGACGGUGCGCGGGGCGCCGUCGGAGGUCGAUCCGCAGGCGAUGGUGAAGCUGGUGCCGUCGUCGACGUCGACCAACAGCCGCAUCGCGCGUUCGUCCACCAAUAACAACAUCAGCAACGCCGGACGCAGCCCUUACUAUCCGCGGCGCCACGAGACCGACGUCGACGACGGCAGCCUCGCGUUCCCCGCGAAGCCGGCGCUGCUCGCGCGGCCGCUGUCGCGCGUCUUCACCGACGUGCCCGACUCGUCCUCGCCGCCAUCAUCGUCCUCGCGCCCGCGCUCGUCGCUGCUGCGCACCCGGCCCUCACGCGAAUUCGCGUCGCCCGCCGACGUGCCCUCCCCAUCCACCAGCACCCGCACUAACACUAACACCGCCGCCGCCGCUGGCGGCACGCCGUCCUCCGGCAUCCCGCUGCGCCGCAGCUACCUCUCGGCCGGCACGACCACCACGACGGCGUCGCACAUCCCGCCGGCCACCGCGCUCCGCCUGGACGUGCAGCCGGGCUACCGGCGCUACGGCGGCAGCGUGAUCCCGUCGUCCCAGCAGCAGCAGCAGCAGCAGGAGACGGGCAGCUCGCCGCUGGCGGGGGGUGCUGGGGGUGGUGGGCUGCGCACGGCCUCGCAUUACAGCAGCAUGCAGCAGCUGCGGCCGCGCACGGGCAGCUUCGGACGGCGGCUGAGUCUGCGGCGCGCGGGCGAGUAG